AACAGUAACUUCCGCCUGUGGUUCUCCGUGUCUGUUGUUAUGAACGAUUGAAGCAGAGAAGCAGUUUUAUGUUAGUAUUAUUUAGCCGCUUUAUUGAGCUAAUUAUGGCUUUGUAACAUCUCAGAUAACUGUAGUCAUGAAGCAGCUGCCCCCGGACACUGUGCGUCUGCUGUCCAGCUCCCAGGUCAUUACGUCUGUGGUGAAUGUUGUCAAAGAGCUGAUCGAGAAUUCCCUGGAUGCUGGAGCUUCAAGCAUUGAUGUUAAACUGGAAAAUUUUGGACUGGACCGCGUAGAGGUUCGUGAUAAUGGGCAAGGAAUCAAAGCUGUAGAUACUCCUGUGAUGGCUGUGAGACAUUUCACCUCAAAGAUCUGCAGACAUGAAGACCUGGAGCAUCUGGAAACGUACGGCUUCAGAGGGGAGGCGCUGGGUUCCAUUUGCGCUGUGGCUGAGGUGGCUGUUACCACAAAGACAGAGGAGGAUGAAAUCAGCACCCAGUACACAAUGGACUUGACAGGGAAAAUUGUUUCCCAGAAGCCGUCUCAUUUAGGUCAAGGGACGACAGUGAGUGUAAUGAAACUUUUUAAGAACCUUCCAGUGAGACGUCAGUGUUUCUCUUCUACCAAGAAGUGCAAAGAGGAGCUGAAGAAGGUGCAGGAUCUGCUGAUGGCCUACGCCAUUAUCAAACCGGAGCUGAGACUCAUGCUCGUUCACAAUAAGGUCAGUAACUCGUCCACACAACUUAAGAAGAGAAAUAAACAUUACUUAUAUACAACCUUUAAAAACAAAGUGCUAGUACAUACAGGCAAGGCAGAGCACACACCAGCUAUUAAAGUAAUAAAAAAAAAAGCCACAAAAAAUGCAAAUAAAAAUACAAUGAAAAAGAAAGAUUGAUGAAAGAAAAAAAACAGCAACAUAGAUUUAUAUACCAAGACAAAUUAAAACUGUUAAGUAAAGAAGCUUAAUAAAAUAAAAAAAUAACAGAAUAAAAUGGGUCUAAAUAAGAUAAGAUAAGAUAG